AUGCGGAAUCUACUUUUAAUAUAUUUGUUCAACCGCGUUCUGACAGUAAAACCAAGUGAAGAGUAAAAGCUAUAUUUGCUAUUGGUCUUCAUAUAAAAGAUUUAGUAAUAUUAGAAAAUAUUCAAGCUUGAUUUGGAGUUGGACGUAUAUAUAAAACAGUUGGAAAAGUUUAUUAUAGAAUAGAAACAUUUAAAGAUUUACAAGUUAUAAUAGAUCAUUUUAACCAAUAUCCUUUAGUAACUGCUAAGAAAUUAGAUUAUGAUUUAUUCAAAAAAAGUUUUAAUAUUAUAAAACAUAAUCAACAUCUGACUGAACAAGGUAUAUCCAAAAUAAUUGAACUUAAAAGUUCACUUAAUAAGGGAUUAUCUGAAAACCUAAAAGAGAGUUUCAGUAAGAUAAAUUUACUUGAAAGAGUAUAAUUUAAAUUCGAUGGAAUACCUAGUCCUUAUUGAAUAGCCGGGUUUGUAAGUGGAGAUGGUAGUUUUAAUAUAAAGGCUACAAAAGUCCGUACAGGGAAAAUACAAUUAAGAUUUGCGGUUAAUUUACAUAUUAGGGAACAAGAGGUAAUCAAAGGAUUAGCUAAGUUCUUUAAUUUUAAAGAUAAUAGUUAUAUUUAUUCUACUGAUACUUCAGUAGCAAUUCAAAUUGUAAAUACCUCGGAUGUCUUAAAUAUUAUAAUACCGUUCUUUGAUAAAUAUAAAAUCAAAGGAGCAAAAGAAUUAGAUUUCACAGAUUUUAAAAAAGCCGCUGAAAUUGUUAAACAUAAAGGCCAUUUAACUGAAGAUGGUUUAAACCAAAUUUUAGUAAUUAAAGAUAAUAUGAACUUAAAAAGAAAGUAA